AUGACCAUCCAUGUAGAGGGGCUUGUGGCUAUCGCGUUCUUCUAUCUACUGAUCCUGUUUGUGGGCAUCUGGGCGGCAUGGAAGAACAAGCACUCAGGGGAGGCGGCGGGUACCGACCGAAGCGAAACCAUCAUGGUCGGCGGGAGGGACAUUGGGUUAUUCGUCGGUGGAUUUACCAUGACAGCGACCUGGGUUGGAGGAGGAUACAUCAAUGGAACAGCUGAGUAUGUGUAUCUACCAGAUUAUGGCUUGGCUUGGGCACAGGCUCCCUUUGGAUAUGCCCUCAGUCUUGCUGUAGGUGGUCUUUUUUUUGCAAAGCCCAUGCGCUCACGAGGUUACGUCACCAUGUUGGACCCAUUCCAGCAGCUGUAUGGGAAACGCAUGGGUGGCCUUCUCUUCAUACCUGCAUUAAUGGGUGAGAUCUUCUGGUCUGCUGCCAUCUUAUCUGCACUUGGUGCUACUCUCAGUGUAAUUGUGGACAUCAACAUUAAGAUGUCUGUGGUUAUCUCUGCACUUAUUGCAAUUUUUUAUACCCUGGUUGGAGGACUUUACUCUGUGGCCUACACUGACGUUGUGCAGCUCUUCUGUAUCUUUGUGGGGCUGUGGAUCAGUGUCCCAUUUGCUCUGACCAAUCCAGCUGUGUCAGACAUUACUGUCACUGCAGUGAAGCAGGUGUACCAGUCCCCCUGGAGAGGCAGCAUCCACAAGAAUGACACCUGGGUCUGGAUAGACAAUUUCUGCCUCCUGAUGCUUGGAGGUAUACCUUGGCAGGUGUAUUUUCAAAGAGUCCUGUCUGCCUCCUCGGCCACCUACGCACAGGUCCUCUCUUUCCUGGCUGCUUUUGGGUGCCUCGUCAUGGCUGUGCCCUCCGUUCUCAUCGGAGCCAUUGGGGCUUCCACAGACUGGAACCAGACAUCGUAUGGUAGCAUUCCUCCUAAAGACAAGGAGGAAGCAGAUAUGAUUCUACCCAUCGUGCUCCAACACCUCUGCCCACCAUUCGUCUCUUUUUUCGGCCUCGGUGCGGUGUCAGCAGCCGUCAUGUCCUCUGCAGACUCAUCCAUCCUGUCAGCAAGCUCCAUGUUUGCAAGAAACAUCUACCAGCUUGCCUUCAGGCAGUCGGCAUCUGACCGUGAGAUUGUGUGGGUGAUGCGCAUCACCAUCUUUGUGUUUGGUGGCCUUGCCACAGUGAUGGCACUGGUAACCGGGACAGUUUAUGGCCUCUGGUACCUGAGCUCGGACCUGGUUUACGUCAUCAUCUUCCCCCAGCUGCUCAGUGUGCUCUUUGUCAAAGGCACCAACACAUAUGGCUCGGUAGCUGCCUAUUUGUUUGGCAUGUUUCUACGUAUAGGUGGAGGGGAACCCUACCUGCAGCUGCCCCCUUUCAUUUAUUACCCUGGCUGGACCACUGAGUUGCGGAAGCACCACGUAACUGGAGAAAUGGAGAAAGUUGUCAUACAGAAGUUCCCCUUCAAGACAGUCUCUAUGGUCGCCUCCUUUUUGGCUAAUGUUGCUUUCUCCUACCUGGCCAAGUACCUGUUUGAGAGCGGCAAGCUGUCGCACAAAUACGACUUUCUCGAUGCAGUGGUGUCCAAGGACAGUGGAGAGAUUAUGGAUAAGACAACGCUUGUAACCCGUGGCAACAACAUUGGGCUGUCAGAGAUGGCGCCUGUCAAACCGCGGUUGAGUGUGACCUUGGCUGCCGCCUUCACGCGCCGUGACACGUUGCCUGCAGAAAUGGUCGAGGAGGAGGAGGAGGAGUUCAGCCCCGACUCCUCCCACCAUGAUGACGAAUGA